ACGCUCUCUACCGACUCUACUCUACUCUAGCUCAUUCCGGAGUCGAUCGUCACUGUGACAGCACGUGUCUCUCAGCACACAGUGACUCACAAACUUUUUCGACGUGCCGUAUUUUACUCGUAAAUCGAAUAAAUAAAUCUUAAAACAAUUGAAUUAUAACGCUCAGUGGCUUCUUUAGACGUUUUAGUGUAAAUUAAACUGUACGUUGUAGUGUAAUAAUAGUGAUUUAUGUUAAGGUGUUUUGGAUUUUUUAUUUACGUAUCGUCAGUCAUUAGAAAACUACAAGAAUCCAGGUGAAAUUGUCGAAGAUUAUUGAAUGUGAUGCCGGAGUGACCCACACGAUGAUCCGCGACCCGCCGCCCACUCAUAAACCUGACAACUCUACAAGUCAGCAGGACGAAAACAAAUAUGGCCUCAGCACAGUGUCGAGUAACUCUGGUGCUGCAAGGCUGUGUGCCCAGUGUGGGAAGGUCAUCACGGAGAGGUUCUUGCUGAAGGCCAUGGAGAGGUUCUGGCACGAAGACUGUCUCAAGUGUGGCUGCUGCGACUGUCGGCUGGGGGAAGUUGGCUCCAAGUUGUACUACAAAGCAGAUCUGAUGCUUUGCAAGAGAGACUAUCUUAGACUCUUUGGUGCCACCGGCAACUGUGUGGCGUGCAACAAAGUGAUUCCCGCGUUUGAAAUGGUGAUGCGAGCGAAGAGUUUCGUGUACCACUUGGAAUGUUUCGCCUGUCAGCAGUGCAACCACAGGUUUUGCGUCGGCGACAGAUUCUAUCUGUGCGACAACAAGAUUCUCUGUGAAUACGAUUAUGAAGAGCGGCUGGUUUUUGCCAGCAUGGCGGCUAAUCCCACCGGCUUGGCGCACAUCCGACGCCAAGUGAGCGGGCUUCAGUCGCCGGGCGGCGCCUACGUCGCGGGCUCGCUCGUGGACAAGGAGCCGGGGCUCGCGGGCGCCGACGACGCGUCCAGCGGCUACGGCAGUCCGCCCGACCCCGACCUGUGUGACGCACGGUGACCGGGCCGUCGCGCCGCGCCGGUCAGUACCACGCAGGUGAAACCAUACUGAGUGUUGUGGUGCGGCGCUGGGCCAUCACUCCACGUGAACUCAACGAAUCUACAACAAUAUAUAUACAUUUGAAUAAGACACGGAGCUCGCGACACAUUCGUUACUUAAUAACACCACGUUUAGACGUUACAGUUUUCUUUCAAACACGUGCGUCCCGUUUAUAAAGCACUCUUUAAAAUAAUAACAGGCCAGUGAGGAACGCUAAGUGACAGAGAAGCCUGUGUUAGAGGGGCGAGUGAACAAUUAUUAAUUAUUAACCUUUUAGUAUUUCAAGAUGCAUAUUGUAGAAGCAUUGAGUUGGACUCCAGCGAGCCAUCGAUGGCGGAUGCGGCACUUUAGAAACUGUCCAGGUUGCGUUGCGAUAGCGUUGUCUGAACACGAUAUUUCCAUUAAGGACGAGUAUACGAGUUGAGUCUACAUGUUAAGAUAGUUGGCGUGGGUAGGGCUGUCGCGAGCACAGGGCUGUCGCGGGCUUGUACUCACACACUGGUACUCGUUAUAAGCCUUGCUCCAGCCACUUUAGCGGCUCCGAGAAACAUUAUUUCUUAAUCUGUAAUAGAAGGAUUUAUCUAAUAAUUUGUAUUUUAUAGUUUAGCUUAAGCUGUAAAUAGUUCGUUAAAGAUAUGCAUACAACGAGUCAGGUCCAUAAAAAUGUAUAUGUAUGAUAAAAUCGAUCUCAUUGUUAUGAAAAUUUUAUAAAGUAGUAAUAUUGUUAUCAUACAUGGUAUGAAAUAUCAUUGUGAAUAUUUUAUUUGCCCCUAUAGAUCGGUUAGAUAUUAUGUUAUGUUCUUGCGUUAUAUUUUGCCAAAGAUUGCCCCUGUGUUGGAUUCCCUACACGAGGGAUAAUAAUCUCUUUUAUUUUGUUUCGAGUAUUGUUGCCUGUACUGGUGUUCGGAUGUGGUGCAAUGGUUUUAAAUAAUGACUUUGUGUAAUGUAACGGUAGAAGUUAGUUAUAGGAGAUAUUUUUUUAUAAAUAAUUGCUUACAUUUAUUUUGUGUUACUCAAUAGUUUUUGAUUCACAUACUAGGGCCAGAUUCAAAUGUGACUCGCGUUGUACGUAGAAAGUAUAAUUCGUAAAAUGAUAAUUCGAAAUUACGCAAUAGUUAUCAUUCCCAUUCAAAAUUUUCAAAUCGCUUGCAACAAUCUUACUAUAACAGAAAAUAAUAUAUUUAAUAAUUUGCACAUAAUAUCUAUUAUUUUAUUUACAAAACCAAUUUAUUUAGAAACUGUGGUUCACCUAGUCUACCGAAUCCGGCUAACGGCAUGUGGGAUAUAGAAGUAAUACCGCGGUACAUUCCUAUGUUAUUAUUUUUGUUGGGAAAAUACUUUUCAUCAUAAUCAUUAUUGGAAAUUGAAAAAAAAAAAAUUCAACCUAAAUAAGGUUUUGUCAGUAAAUAAAAAUAAUAAUUAAUAUUAAUGCUAAGCUGGUUGAUGUUAGCUAAACUUGUCAUUAUUUACUUUUCACACACACACACACACACACAAACUUAUCUUAUAAUCUUAACUUGUAGAUAUCUGCUUAAUACAAUAUAAAUAAUAAAGUAAUUAUUUCCAAUGUAAAGAAAAUAAAGAUUUGUCGUUAUUAAGAGUAAUAUUUAUUAAGAUCUAUGAGUAUAAUGAUGUUAAAUAUGUCACCGAGAGAAAAGUUGUCAUGUGAGUGUCAUGGUGUAAAUAAAUAUUAUAUUUAUUUAAAUUA